AUGGUAAGAGAUAAUUUAAAUGAUAUCAUUGAUUCAAUUAAAGAGAAUAGAAUCUUGGAAUCAUUUGAAAAGUAUUAUCAUGAUGAUGUAGUGAUGUAUGAGAAAGGAAAUUGUACAAAUAGAGUCGGAAAGGAACAAAAUCGUAUAGCCGAACAAUGGUUUGUAGAUAAUGCUGUUAUCAAUGAAGUUAAAUUGACAAAGAUGAUGGUAGAUGGAUUGAAUAGUGCUUAUGAAAUGUAUAUGGAUAUAACUGAAGGUGGAGUAAACUCAAAGAAUACACAAUGGGCAAUCCAAGAAUGUGGUGGAAUUCAAGUAAAGAGAUGUGCAAUUGAAAAUUGUGUAGAUACAGGAAUGGUUAAUUUCAAGUGUUAUGAUUGUACUCUCUAUUAUUGUUAUAUUCAUAAAGAACAAGAUAAACAUAAAUGUUUGGAGAUUGUCAAAAACAAUGCAAAAAAUAAUGAAAAAACAAAGAUCGAUACAACAACAGGUGAAAAGAAGAGAAAGAAACUUUCAGAUUUAGAAAAGGAAAAUAAGAAACAGGAGGAUCAAUUACGUGAGUUUAGAAAUGCACAAAGACAGAAAUUCAAUAACUAUGAACAAUCACAAAGUAUAAUUAAAAUUCAACAAUUAGAUGGAAAUACAAUAUCAUAUAAAUUAAGUCCAAAAGAUCAUUUUAAAUAUAUUAGAGACUAUAUAAAUUUUAAUAGAACCGAUGGUUAUAAUGGUCCAUACUCUAUCAGUUCAAGUACCAACCAGGCACCUUUUACAAACGAAGAUCUUUUGCUCACUGUAGAGGAUCUUAUGAUCGAUUCUGCAACACUACUCAUUAUCAACAGAAUCGAUAAGUCCAAUAUCAAUUUCGAUCGUAUCAACAUGCAAGUGCAAAGUGUAUUACAAUCCAAAGAAUCACCAUCACCAUCAUCAACAUCACCAUCAUAUCAAAAUAAAAUUGAAUCAACAAAGAAAAUAAAAUCAAUUACUACAAAAUUAAUAAUAUUAGAUUUAUCUUUUUUGUUAAUAAAGGAAAUAUUCAAAAAAUUAUCAAUUUUAGAUUUCAUAUGUUUCAGUUUAACAUGUAGAAAACUAUUUUUGGAAAGAGAGAAAUAUAUGAUUUUCAAUCCAUCGAAAUUGGUAGUAAGAGAAAUCGAUAAGAUUGAAUCUUUCUGUAUGCAUUCAUAUAGAAAUAUUUUCGAGAAAUCAAUAUCAUUACGAAUACCAAACUCUAUGAUUCUCUAUCAAAACAAAAAUGAUAUAGAAUCUGAUUUAUUUGAAUAUGAUUAUAUGGACUUUAUAGAGGGAAAUGAAAAUUUUAGUAUUCCAAAUGGAUUGGAACUAUUGUAUAUAGAUGAAUUUGGAACUUUGGAGAAUAUACCUGGUUUAAAUAGAUCACAUUUGAAAUCGAUAUUGAAUGGUGGAAUAUUUGUAUCACCUUCGAUUGCCGGUGUCUUACCAGAAACAUUACAGGUCAUUGAAUUUGGAGAUUGUUUUAAUUUACCACUAAUACCUGGAAGCCUACCAAACUCUUUGAAAAAGGUGUAUCUCGGAGAUGAAUUUAAUCAACCAAUAGAGAUUGGUACAUUUCCCAAUGGCAUUGAGACUAUUAUAUUUGGAUCGUAUUUCAAUCAACCACUACAACCCGGUAUAUUUCCAGAAUCACUUGGUUUUCUUGUAUUCGGUAUCUAUUUCAACCAGAGGAUUGAAGUGAAUGUACUGCCACCGAAAUUAGAAAAACUACGAUUUGCACAUUCGUAUAAUCACUUUCCAGAGUAUCUACCACCCAGUCUGGUAUCACUGACUCUUAGCAACCGAUCAGUACUACCAGAGGUGCUACCGAAUUGCUUGUUCUCCAACCAUCUGACAUCACUCUGUAAGAUUCCAUUUCAAUUGUUACACUUGGUGCCAUCAUCUGUUAAAAAGCUGAGUUUCUCUUCGAGUUUGGCCGCGAUUGAACUCAAUGAAAGCUCUAUACCCAGACACAUUGAAGAUUUAAACUUUUAUAGUUUGGCGCUGCACAAUCUGCGACCAGGAAUCAUAUCAAACAGUGUUACGAAAUUGAAUUUAGGAUUGUUUUACGACUAUGCUUUGGAGCCUGGUGUCAUACCUUUGAGUGUCAAGACACUACAUCUUGGUUUUCGAUUCAACAAACCAUUGAAACCAGGUGAUAUUCCAGAGUCUGUAGAGGAACUUCACUUUGGCGAAUCGAAUCUACUCCCGAUUGAGCGGAUGGUUCUACCCGAUUCCCUAAAGGUAUUGGACUUGGGAUCGAGAUACAAUUGUGUCAUAGAGAGAGAUGUACUACCAAGAAAGUUGCGCACAUUGAAAUUCGGAUUGAACUAUGAACAUCCUAUUAACUGUCAAACACUACCACCUACUCUUCAAGAUAUCUACUUUUCUCAUAAAUAUUCUUCGAAAAUUGCUAAAGAUGCUUUUAUUAUUAAUAACAAGAGUAGUAGUAGUAAUGAAAUAGCAUCACCUAGGAUAACAUUACAUGUUGGAAUUUCAUUGUUUUUAAAUAAUAGUUUAGAAGAUCUACCAGAAUCUAUACAAUCGAUUGUAUUUGAAUAUAAAUCGAUGCGAUUCAAUAUCAGAAGAAUCAACGAUCAUAUAUUCUUGGAUUUAGGUAAUUUAACUUAA